CUCCGCCAUUACGUUAGUGUAGUAUAUGUGUGUAUUGUGGCACCAUGGUCUUUGUUUGACAUCACUGGCCUUUGUUCCUUCCCAAUCAUGGCAGAUACAAUGGAUAUUGUAUCUGCUGCCACAAAGAGAUGCUCUUUCUUUGGGCCCCCUGAAGCCAGCGUUUCACCACCAUCCCUCAAUCGCCUGGUGACGCCUGUGACCACUGGACAAAGAGGGCUGGACCAGAUUUAGUAAGAGCAGAGCUGUGAGGUGUUGGCACAAGCAUUUGAGCUUUCACAUACUGGAUGAAGUCAGCGCUGAGAGGCUUAUUUUACAGUAGCAAUACCUUGUAGAGAGCUCUGUACAACACUUGUUGGCACUGGAACCUUUCUUAUAGCGGAGUACAGCAUCAGAAGCAGCAAAUGUUUCCGGUCAGGCAGCCUUGGCUUUGCAAAGCCUUAGGUUGCUAUGAUUGCUGUAUCCGGUGCAUUGGGGCAGUGCCCUACCCAUCCCUGGUGGCCACCUUGCUGUGCUAUGCUGGCAUGGCAUUAUUUUGUGGCUGCGGGCACGAAGCGCUGACCCAAACCGAAGUCCUCGUUGAGACUUACUUUGCCCGCAACAUUCAGGACUAUGUGGUCAUGGCCUCUUUUAUCAAAUACUUCCAGUACGUGAUCUAUGGUCUGGCUUCAUUUUUCUUCCUCUAUGGUAUCCUGCUACUGGCUGAGGGCUUCUACACAACAAGUGCUGUCAAACAGACCUUCGGCGAAUUCAGGAGUACCCAGUGCGGCCGCUGCCUCAGCCUGACGUUCAUCAUAGUGACGUACAUCUUGGCCUUCAUCUGGCUGGCGGUGUUUGCCUUCAGUGCUAUCCCAGUCUUCUUCUUGUUCAAUAUGGAGCAGACCUGCCACACCGUCAACAUCCUGUCUGAAUCAACCCCCAGCAUUAAUCAGCAUGGCUGGAUCUGCAUGGACGCCAGGCAGUAUGGUCUGCUUCCUUGGAAUGCAAUGCCAGGCAAGUCUUGUGGGACAACCUUAGCAGCAAUCUGCAAAACUAGUGAAUUCUAUGUCACAUAUGACUUGUACAUAGCUGCAUUUGCCGGUGCUGGGAUCACUCUGUUAGCACUGUUCCUGUAUCUGGUUGCCACCACCUACAACUACGCAGUUCUGCGGUUCCUGGGCAGAAAAGGCAUUCGCUAAGUGCAGCGCCUCAGUUUUCUCUGUUAACCCCAUUGUCCGACUACGAGAUGGACAGUCAGCCUACAUUCAUCCUCUGGGAAACGGCAACCUCCAAACCUGGAUUGCCUGCUAUUCUUUAAACCUUUCCAAUAACAGAAAUAGUUUCUCAUCACUAUUAUGUAUGAACAACAGACAGAGAGAUGAAGAUAAUUUACCUCCAGCAAUGAGCUCUGGCCUGUGCAUCAGAUCCUCCUUUCAAGAUGAUUCUCUUAGCUUUGUUGUUCGUUUUCCCAUUGCUGGUUCUAUCUCUCACUUUAUCCUUUGUGUGAGGCUUUGUUGGUGCUCAUUGUGAUUUAUGAUGUUUCAUGAAUAAUUAAGAGCAAUGACAGCUUGCCUCGCAAGUCAUAACUGCAUGCACAGUAUUCAGUGGUUACUGACACCCAAAUUGGCUCUCAGUAUGAUUUUGUGGCUUCUCUAUUAUCAGCCUUCAAAACUGCAUGAACUAAAACGAGUGAGGCUGAACGAACCAAAUUUUCCCGUUGAGCUUUCACUUACAAUAAACGUGCUUUUUAGUCAUACUUAUACAGUCUCUUUUUUUUCUCUUUCGUCUAAAUGCUACCAUGGUAGGUGGGAUAAAAAGGUGUUUAGCCCAAUAUAAGCUGUUUUAGGUUGCAGAGGGGUUGAUGCUUCAGUAACUUGUCUCCAGGUGUUUAGCGUGUAGCCCUGCUACUUAGACUUGUGUGUGCUUAUUUGAAAUUAAGGCUCAUUAAAACAUUUAAAUCUGA